CGUGGACCACGGCGCUGCAGGCUGCUCGGAGAGGUGGGAUCUCCAAACGCGGGCGGCGCGGGAGGUCUGGUCUCCAUCCCUCGGCAUCGUCGGGGUCCAAAGGGCGGGGUCCGUUAUCGCACGUGACGCGGAAAGUCCGGCCCCUGCCCCUUCUCUGGGCGGGGUUUCCUCUUCGCCGCUAGCCUUAAGUCCCCGGGUCUUUGCUUCCUUCCAGAGCCUUAGCUUCCACGACUUCCAUUGCUGCUUGCCUCGCUGCUCUGGGUCCCGGAAGUCGGGGCUCUCUGGCUCUCGGGAGCGACUCCGAAGUGAGCCGAAAACACUCACUGCGCAUUCACACUCUGUGCUCUUGCAGAGGCAACAAUGGCAGCUUCCAGUGUCCUGCUGCACACAGGGCAGAAGAUGCCCCUGAUUGGAUUGGGCACCUGGAAGAGUGAGCCUGGCCAGGUGAAAGCAGCUGUUAAGCAUGCCUUGAGUGUAGGCUACCGCCACAUUGACUGUGCUGCCAUCUACGGCAAUGAGGCUGAAAUUGGGGAGGCUCUGAAGGAGAAUGUGGGACCUGGCAAGGCGGUGGCCCGGGAGGAAGUGUUCGUGACAUCCAAGCUGUGGAACACCAAGCACCGCCCGGAGGAUGUGGAGCCUGCCCUUCGGAAGACACUGGCUGACCUCCAGCUGGAGUAUUUGGAUUUAUACCUGAUACACUGGCCUUAUGCUUUUGAGCAGGGAGACAAUCCCUUCCCUAAGAACGCCGAUGGGACGAUCCGCUAUGACUUUACUGACUACAAGGAGACAUGGAAGGCUCUAGAACCCUUGGUGGGGAAGGGGCUGGUGCGGGCCCUGGGCCUGUCCAACUUCAGUAGCCGGCAGAUUGAUGAUUUGCUUAGUGUGGCUUCAGUGCGCCCUGCUGUCCUGCAGGUGGAAUGCCACCCAUACCUGGCUCAGAAUGAGCUGAUAGCUCACUGCCAGGCACGUGGCCUGGAGGUGACUGGCUACAGCCCUUUGGGCUCCUCUGACCGUGCUUGGCGUGAUCCUAAUGAACCUGUCCUACUUGAAGAACCAGUGAUCUUGGCACUGGCUAAAAAGUACAACAGGUCUCCAGCCCAGAUCUUGCUCAGGUGGCAGGUCCAGCGGAAAGUGAUUUGCAUCCCCAAAAGCAUCACACCCUCACGGAUCCUGGAGAAUAUCCAGGUAUUUGACUUUACCUUUACCCCGGAGGAGAUGAAGCAGAUCAAUGCCCUGAAUAAAAAUUGGAGAUACAUUGUGCCCAUGAUUACGGUGGAUGGGAAGAGAGUCCCAAGAGAUGCAGGGCAUCCUCUGUACCCCUUUAAUGAUCCCUACUAAGACGACAGCUUUCUUACUUCCUUACAAGCUCCCCAGCUUUAAUAUCCUGCCACCCUCAGAAGGAGGGAGUUAAUAAAGCUAUUGGAGAAUCCA